UGGGUGCUCGUGAAACCUAUUAUAAUUGUGAGUAUCAAACACUAAAAGGCGCUAAUGGCGCCGGGAGCACUGGGCUAAUCAAAUCUCCGAGGGCCUUAAACGACACUUCCUGCUUGGUCGAUGUCCCUUGCAAAGGCACGUCUCAGUCCGAAGAUGCAGUUUUAGCUCACUCUCUCUGCCCCAUUCAAGGUUCAUUGUGGCACAAAUUGGCGUAUAACUAUAUCAUCCGCAUGUCACCAAUUUCCAAACGUUUUGGUUGGUAUGAUUGGUGGCCACUGGACGGAUGGAAUGACCGCUGGUACUUACUGCGGUGCCGGCAGCUCAUGAAGAUCUCUCUUGUCUUGACUUGCACACUCCUACCCCAGGCCGGCACUAUAGCUCAUGACACAUUUGCCCCUAGCUCAGAUAGGGAAACUUUCAGGUCAGCAGCUCUGAUUUUGGCCCGGGGUGGCAGCAAGGGAAUCAAGAAGAAAAACCUAUCUGUGGUCAACGGAAAAACGCUUAUCAAGAGAGCCGUCGAAAAUAUCCUCGAAUCCGAUGUUUUUGAUUCGGUGUGGGUUUCGACGGAUGACAUGGAGAUCGCGAUGGAGGCGCAGAAAGCGACUGCCCUCCUCCACUGGCGCCACCCCUCCACGGCCACCGAUUCUGCCGCCUCCAUCCUCGGCGUCCAGGACUUCUUCGCAAAGCAUCCAGAUUUGGAGGUGAUCGGCUUGAUCCAGUGCACAUCCCCAUUCCUAACGUCACAAUUUCUCAUCAAGGCUCUUCGGCUAAUCGAAGAGGCUCAUUGUGACUCUGUCUUCUCAGUUACGAGAUCGCAUCAGCUUCGCUGGAACUUGGACCAAAGGGGAGAUCUGCAUGCAGCUAACUUUGAUGCAACUAAACGACCCAGGAGACAAGACUGGAAUGGGGAGUUCGUAGAGAACGGCAUGUUCUAUGUUUUUAAGACUUCCUUACUUGCUGAGAAUGUUCUUCAAGGAGGCCGGGCUCGAGUGGUGGAAAUACCGAAAAACCGCAGUCUGGAGAUCGAUACUGAAUUCGAUUUGGUGGUGGCCAAAGUCGUGGCGCAAAUUCUUGAUUCGGAAAGCCAACAGAUGAUUCCUUAAAGUCUUGGAAGCAUUUUCAAUGAGCCAAUGAAUCUCAAAAUCAAGCAUCUUAAUGUGCGGAUCUUCAUCACAAGUUUACUUGAAACACAGAACAUUAUACGACUAUUAAUUAUUGACAGGUUGUUUCCCUAGGAGACUUCAAUGCAGAGUAGAAAAAUAGGAGUAUGGAUUUUCUCUUCUUGUUGUGCGUAUUGAUCCGCAGGGUCUGUUUUAAAACACUGGACAAAUUCAGCCGAAGGAGCACUCCGAUAAGAACAAUAGCGUGGCGUUCCUUUCUUUGCGAUGUAUCGAUUUAUCUAUACUAUUUGAAUCUAUGGAAAAUUCUCGAUAAACAAGGUGUUUGCGACGAACGCCUUAAUAAUCGAUUCUUUACCACAGCUUCAAAUGGGGAUAUCGAUAAUCGAUUAUUCACGCCUCGCCGCUCGAUACUGAGCCGUUGCGCCACACGAGCACGAUUAGACCGGUGAUGAGCCUUCAUUUUUUUCCGUAUACAACACGGACAACUCGUCACCUUCCGGCCAAAGUAUCACAAACGCCAUGCUAUGUUUAAACAUUUCCGCCGUCAUUUGAUUUUGCACUGAGAAAUUCUUGGUUGAAUAUGUUUGAAAAUUUCACUGAAUUUCAUCGGCAGCUCAAAGAAAAUUCAGUGAAAUUUUCAGGCAGCUUCGUUUAACAAUUCCUCUCUAUAAAAACAUAAAAUGGCGACGGAUAGUCUUAAACGUCGCAUAGGGCUUGUGAUACUUUGGCCGGAACGUGACGAACUACUAAGCAGCGGGCCGAUUAUUGAAAGCGUUGGACAAAUCGAUAGACGAAGAAGACAUGUAAGGAUUAU